AUGUCAGCCCCGAUCCGAGUCGCUGUUACACAGGCUGAGCCCGUCUAUCUUGACCUGGCUGCAUCGAUAGAAAAAGCAUGCGGACUUAUUGCUGAGGCUGCACAGAAUGGGGCUAAGCUCAUUGCUUUCCCUGAAUGUUGGGUGCCGGGAUACCCUGCGUGGAUAUGGGCGCGCCCAGUCGACCUUGAGCUUCAGACUCGAUAUAUCUACAAUUCACUCUCAAUCGAGUCGGAGGUCAUGGAACUAAUCAAGGCAGCUGCCAAAGAGAACUCAAUCGCUGUCGUCUUGGGAUUCUCGGAGAAGACUACCUCACACAGUGUCUAUAUUUCUCAGGCCAUCAUCUCUCCACAAGGCAAUGUCUUAUUGCAUAGACGAAAGAUCAAGCCUACUCACAUGGAACGCACUGUAUUCGGUGACGGGACAGGUGCUGACGUCAACAACGUCGUGGAAGUCGACUUUGGACCAGAGCACGGUAAAAUCAAGGUUGGCUGCCUGGCAUGUUGGGAGCAUACGCAGCCUCUCCUCAAGUACCACAGCAUCUCUCAAGGCGAGACGAUUCACAUCUCCAUGUGGCCUCCAGUUGAUCCGAGCACGGGCGUCGACCAUCCCGGGUUUUGGAGUAUGACCGCCGACGGGGCCCAGAACCUAUCCCAGACGUACGCAAUCGAGAGUAGCACUUACGUGCUUCACUGCACUGCAGUAUGUGCAGACAAAGGCAUCGAUGUUCUGAAGACCAAAGAGGGACUGCUUUGUCGUGAGCCUGGUGGAGGACACAGCUGCGUAAUCGGCCCUGAUGGACGGCGCUUAACCGAGCCUGUCGGGGAUGGGAAGGCUGAUACUGAGGGUAUCCUCUACGCUGACUUGGAUCUCACAAAGAUAGUGACCACUAGAGCAUUCCUGGAUAUCGUUGGCCAUUAUAGCAGACCUGAUCUUCUGUGGCUUGGUGUGGAUCGGCAGCCGAAGGAAUGUGUCGUUGCGAAGCGGUAUGAGACAGUAUCGCAGGAGAAACUGGAAGAUAGUAAUCACUAA